AUGAGAGCGGCCUGCCGCUGCUGUCUCAUCGCCAUGGCCGCUCACGUCGUCCUAUCCCUCACUCCAGAACCCGGGACCGCCUCCAGCAGCAGCGCGGCGACCACGGCGACGCCCGCCGGCAGCCUGAGCGAGUCGCCGGCCGCCGCUGGCGCGCCGCAGCCCCCGGAGGCGGCGCAGCUGCAGAGCAGCGCCUCUCCCCAACCGCCGCCGCCGCCGCCCCCGCACGUCGCCCACGCGGCGCCCACGCCCGGUGCCGCUGGCAGUGGGCGGCGGCCGGGCCAGCACACGGUGGCGCCGCUGCUCCUGGCGCACAUCUUCGACACACACUCGCCCGCCAACAAGCACCACCACCACGACCACCGCUGGGGACCUCACUUCGAGGACGACGGCCUCAACGUCACCAACGUCACCGUCCAGGUCGGCGACACCGCCGUCCUCAACUGCAAGAUCAGCCUCUUGCAGGACAAAGUGGUGUCGUGGGUGUUCCGGCAGGACGGCUCUGAGGACAUGCAGCUGCUGACGGUGGGCCACGCGACGUACAGCGCCGACCAGCGCUACGUCGUCGACUUCCAGUACCCCAACAACUGGCGCCUGCUGGUGCAGCGCGCCGCCAUCCGCGACCAGGGCUUGUACGAGUGUCAGGUGUCGACGCACCCGCCGCGCGCCGCGCAGUCCUACCUCCUGGUCCAGACUCCGGAGGUUAUGAUAGUCGACGAGCAAGGCCAUCAAGUCCACGACAAGUUCUAUGAGGCGGAGAGCACGAUACAGCUGUCAUGUCUCGUGAGGCAUGUUUCCAUGACGUCAUCAGUCGUCACGUGGCUUCAUGGUGACCGCGUUCUAAACUACGACACGACAAGAGGCGGGAUAAGCGUGCGCACGGACCUGACCAGUGAAGGCGCCAACAGCUCGCUGUCUGUGGCUCGCGUCGACAAGGCGGACAGCGGCAACUACACCUGCUCCAUCUCCACCACCGAGUUCGCUACCGUCGCGGUGCACAUCCUCAACGGAGAAAGCCUAGCAGAGCUGCACCUGAGCCACUGUGUGCCGACACCGCCCGCCACCUCCGCCCCGCUGCUGCUGGUGGUAGUUCUGGCCACGCUGUUGGCAGCCCUGCGCGCCGCCAGGUGAGGCCACAACUGCUGGUCUUGUUGCGGACACAUAUCACCCGAGUGCCUCAGUCGCCAGCAGCUCUGCGGCCACCGACGACGUCUGCGUCGGACCCCACGAGAGUAGCUGACCACGGAGAACGCUGUGCAUGCAGUGGUGCGCGACCUCGCCAGGGGUCCAGCGGGCGACAUGUACUGUACCUCCAGCCGGCUGUACACUCCGCUUGGAAUCUGGUGCUACUCUCGAAACAGAGUCCCAUUUGACUUCCUUUCUGGAAGCAAUGCUGCGAAAGACACCAAACGAAAGUGUUCAGUUUGUGACUUCCUAUCAAUGACAGAAUUUAUUUAUUAUAUUUUAAGAGAAUCGCGUACUUCUAGAAGUGUAAAUGUGUUCGUCCAGGCGUUCAGACCCGUUUUCUAACGCCCAGAGAUUGGUAAAGGACACUGAAUUCUAAAAACUAUCGUUGUUCGUACGAGAAUGUGUUUUCAGUUCGGACUAAAACUUUAUUUCCCGUGUUGAUGAUUCGAGAUUGAUUUAUUGUGGUUGUCUUGGAGAUAUAAAAAUUUUAAUCCAGAAUAUUUUUUUCUGGUGAGCUUUCUAGAGAAGAAAUAUACUGUCUAAUAAUGGAUAAAAAACGAAAUAUAUAUAUAUAUACAGCGUUUUAAAGGUCUACAGGUUUUUACACAAGACCAAGUUCUCGAUAUUCUAAUUUCAUUCCAUGUAUUA